AUGGAGGCAAAUGUUAGAGGAGGCCAAGAUCCGCGUUGGAUUGUCGAGCCAAUGAUGAUGAUAUGGCACCUAACUUCGUUUGUGUUCGUGGUGAGUGGCGGAGGGGCCAAACUGCAGCGGUGUCGCAGGGUGACCCUACAGGAGGGGUGUCCGGUGACCUGCAUCAGCUGGCGAGCGUGGAUCAGCCGAGAGGCUCGUGAUCCCACACUACUCGUCAUGGCUGCCAACGUUGUCUGUCUAUACAGGGUGCUGGACCAGGAAGGGACACUGAAACUGAAACGUCGUUUCUCUGUUCGCCACAAGUCGGUCCGUUGUCCGGUGCGUUCCACGUUCUGUCCGCUCAUGUCGUUCCGCGAAGGCGCAUGCGUGGUAACCGGAAGUGAAGACUCGUGUGUGUAUUUCCUCGACAUUGAACGUGAGGUUCGUCCAGUAGUGAACAAGUUGCAAGGUCAUGCCUGUCCUGUGUUGGGUGUAUCGUUCAACUAUGACGAGUCCCUUCUAGCAACUAGCGAUCUGCAGGGCUUGGUCAUUGUGUGGAGCCGGGAGAAGAAGUAGCUAUGUUAGCAACCAGUGACCUGCAGGGCUUGGUCAUUGUGUGGAGCCGGGAGAAGAAGUAGAGGGAUGGCUAGACAGAGUACAGUGGACAAGAGGAUAAAAGGAGUACAGUGGAGGAGGUUAAGAGCAGUGCGCUGACAAGAGUAUUGCUAUAGUGAGGUCCAUGUUAUAAUGACAGUGUUUGAUUAGCAAUGGUAUUGCUAUCCUUGUCUAUCAUUCAAUAAAGCGGAUAACGCUACCUCUCUCUCGCUUUGCUCUAUUGCCGGAUCG